CGAACGAGACGAGCCCCCUUCGAAACCCGACCGCCAAGCACGCGACACCAACGAUCCCGCAGCCGCAGACUCGACAUAGCCAGGAAUUUUUGAACCUGCACGAAUCUCCCCGAUCGUAUCGCAAAUAUGGGUGACGUUAUCAAGGAGGUGCCGCUCACGGCGGUUCGCGUUGAGGCCCUUGUGGUGAUGAAAAUCGUCAAGCAUGGCUCCCAGACCUUCCCCACGACCGCGACCGGCUCCAUCGUCGGCAUGGACUCGGACGGCCUUCUCGAGAUCAGCAACACCUUCCAGUUCCCCACGGUCGACGUCGCAAACACGGACAGCCACAGCCACAGCAACAACAGCAACGACGCUUCUGCCCUCGCCGCCGCCGCCCCCCGUCAGAAGGCCAACAUCGUUUACCAGAACGAGAUGAUCAAGCACCUGAAGGAGGUCAACGUCGACGCUAACAACGUCGGCUGGUACACGAGCGCCGCCAUGGGCAACUUUGUCAACCUCAGCUUCAUUGAGAACCAGUACCACUACCAGAAGGACAACGAGCGGACAGUCGCUCUCGUCCACGACGUCAGCCGCAGCUCCCAGGGCUCCCUCAGCCUGCGCGCUUUCAAGCUCACCCCCGCCUUCAUGGCCGCCUACAAGGAGGGCAAGUUCACGACCGAGAGCCUGAAAGCUUCCAAGCUUACGUUCAAGGACAUCCUCGCCGAGCUUCCCGUCGAGAUUCACAACACGCACCUGUUGACCUCGUUCCUCCACCAGCUCCCCGGCCUCCCCCAGCAGGACAGCAUCGAGCGGCCCAACUCGCUGUCGGACCUGCGCGAAGACCCCAUCAAGCAGCAGCUGCACCCCUCGGUCGAGAACCUCGACCUCUCGAUAGACCCCUUCCUCGAGAAGACGUGCGACCUGCUGCUCGAGAGCAUCGAGUCGCACUACACGGACCUCAACAACUUUCAGUUCUACCAGCGCCAGGUCGGCCGCGAGCAGGCCAAGAUUACGCAGUGGCAGGCUAAGCGCAAGGCGGAGAACGCGGCGCGCGCGGCGGCCAAGCAGGAGCCCCUGCCCGAGGACGAGUGGCAGAGGCUGUUCAAGCUGCCCCAGGAGCCCAGCCGGCUCGAGGGCAUGCUGAACGCGAAGCAGGUGGAGCAGUACAGCAAGCAGGUGGACGGCUUCACGUCCAACAUCAGUGCCAAGAUGUUCGCCGUCAGGGAGAACCUGCUGCCCAAGCGGGCUUAGAUGUUGAAGAUGCACUGAGUCGGCCCCGGGUCUCAUCCUCUUGCUGGUGUGUUGGUGGUCGGAGAGGGGCCGUUGUUUCUGGACGGACGAGAAGAAGAAGACGACGAUGGGGGGGAGAAUGGGGGAGAGAAGGCGAGGGGCAGACACAAAAAAGAAGUGGAAUUACCUUAGAGAACGGGUGUUCUGGGAAUGAUGAAUGAUCUGGGGAGCGGAUCAAGCAUUCGAAACGGCGUUACGGUAAUUAGUCCCAGGCAGUGUGUACUGAGUCGAUAUUCGAUGUCCUUUUCUUGCAUACCAGCGCGGCCACCAACGGUUUCCUUCUGCACGGGGAGUACUGUUACGUCGUGGCACUGAGGGGCUUGACGCCGAGGCCAUACACACCAGGAUGACUUCGUCUGCCGGAGAUGAAGGGCGAGGCCGGCGUCGCGGUAUGAGAGGACAUCUCGAGCACGAAAGGCAGGCGGCGAGGCUUGCCAGGACGCAAGCGAAACCACGAGGCAGAGCGUCUAUUAUCAUGUCAUGUGCACAGGAACGCAGUUCCACAAACACUACGACGUCGACCGAACCACCAUAGCUUUGCUAUAUUGAACAUGGAAACACACUAGAUUGAGCAAUAAAGCCACG